AUGUGGCCCGGAAUCCUGCAGUUUACAGCAAGCAUUCGUCCCCUGCAGCAGAUUCUCAAUUCCUGGAAUAGCAAUGAGGGUAACCAGAACAACAUCUGUCUACGGGCACCUAGCGUGCAAAGCCCUUCAGAUGGGCUCCUCCCGCCUGACAGGUUCACACGGGAUCAGUCAAUACGGGUGCUCCAGGCUGAUCGCCUUUCCAAAGCUGUCCAAAUCCCGACUACAAUCGAGGAGCACAUGAACGAUCCCUAUAGUGAAGAAUUUAGACCAUUUCUUGAUUUCCAGGGGCUUCUUCGAUCCCUUUUUCCCCUUACGUACUCCGAGGCUAGAAUAGACUAUGUCAACAGACUAGGUCUAGUCUUUACUCUAAAUGGUACAGAUCACAACCUCAAGCCUAUUCUUUUCGCAGCCCACCAAGACGUUGUCCCUAUAGAUGACCCCUCUGGGUGGACCUACCCACCAUUCUCGGGGCAUUUCGACGGUGAAUGGCUUUGGGGUCGCGGAGCAAGCGACUGCAAAAAUCUGGUAAUUGGGCUACUCUCUGUGAUUGAGGAUCUAUUAGCCCAAGAGUGGCACCCAAUCCGUACCGUUAUACUUGCAUUUGGCUUCGAUGAAGAAAUCCAAGGAGGGCUUGGUGCAGGGUCAAUUUCAUCCUUCCUUGAGCAAAAAUAUGGACAAUACAGCUUUGAGUUUAUCUCCGACGAAGGGGGUAUGGGUAUUGAAAAUCUUGCUAAUGACGAAGGGCAUGAUGAUAUAGUGUACGCCCUUCCCGGUAUAAGUGAAAAGGGCAGUAUGAAUAUGGUCUUGGAUCUUUCAGUGCCAGGUGGGCACAGUUCUGUUCCCCCGCCUCAUACAGGUAUCGGAAUAAUGUCUGAGAUCAUUUAUCUCCUGGAACGAGAAGAUCUUUUUACGCCCCUGCUAGGCGAGACACAUCCAUCUCGCCGAAAGCUAGAAUGCCAGGCAAGGUACUCGCCAAAUUAUGUUGAACCAUGGCUGGCCGAUAUACUACAAUCCACCAACUACGGGUUUGCGGCAGAGAAACUAGCCUUGUCAAGAGGCCCAGAGUUUAGAUUUAUGCUACAAACAUCACAAGCAGCUGAUAUUUUCCACGGCGGUGUUAAAGCAAAUAAUCUGCCAGAGAAUAUCUCAGCGUUGGUCAAUUAUCGGAUUGCCAUACAUCAAUCACCAGACACGGUUAAGUCUCGUGCUAUUCAGAUCGUUGCUCCAAUUGCGCGGAAAUAUAAUCUAACCUUAUAUGACUUCCGGGAAGACCCCACACAUAAAGGGAAUAACUAUCUACAACUGUCAACAGACAAGAUUGAGCUGCACCCGGCGCCCAUCAGCCCCAUACGUGAUACAGUUGGGACCCGGUUUGCAGGAGUUAUACGAUCAGCCUUUGAGUCUGUGCCCAGUUUAAAAGGCAAAACCGUUGUAGUCGUUGGGGAUCUUAUGUCAGGCAACACAGAUACAAUAUUCUACUGGAACCUGUCAAAGAAUAUAUAUCGCUGGGAUCCAGUUAGGAGGGGCAGGGCACUGAAUAUACAUGGGGUUGACGAAAGGAUUGCCCUUGAUGCACAUUUGGAGACUAUGACUUUUUAUUACGCCAGGGAUGUUGGAUGA